UGCCUGGCAUUGUGUUUAGGGCUUUACGUAUGCAGAAGCCAUAACCAGAGAGAAGCCUGAGAGCGCCAUAACUAUUUUCUAAUUUUGCAAAUGGCGAUUGACACGAUAUGUUCGGAAUCUGUCAAAUAUUAAUCGUGUCGUCAUUGCCUAAUCAUGACAUCCAUCAGCGAAGUCGAUGCGGUGCCUAAAUCAAAGAAACCAUCAGAUAGCGCAUUCAAACAGCAAAGAUUACCAGCUUGGCAGCCAAUACUUACAGCUGGCACAGUUCUACCUACAUUCUUUGUAAUAGGAGUUGCAUUUAUACCAGUUGGUAUAGGACUGCUUUAUUUCUCCGAUGAAGUCAAGGAACAUAUUAUAGAUUACACCAAUUGUAAUUCUAUCAAUCUUACUACAAGUGAUGGACAGCCUAGGAAAUGUGCAGAUGUAAUUGCAGAAGAUCCUAGUAAAGAUUGUUUUUGUGAGAAAAAUUUUACUUUACCUGUUGAUUUUCGUGGAAAGGUUUAUAUGUAUUACGGCCUGACAAAUUUUUACCAAAAUCAUCGUAGAUAUGUCAAGUCUCGCGAUGACAAUCAAUUAUUAGGUGAUUUAACUCUAAUUGUCUCCAGUGAUUGUGAACCAUUUGCCUAUGAAGAAACAAACAGAACUCCUAUUGCUCCAUGUGGAGCUAUUGCAAACUCACUUUUUAGUGACAAAUUAACACUGCUUUCUGCAAGACAUGACAAUAAGAAUGUACCAUUAUUAAAUACUGGCAUAGCUUGGCCAUCUGAUAAGAAUAUCAAAUUCAGAAAUCCUAAAGGUGACUUGAAGAUAGCAUUUAAAGAUUUUGCCAAGCCUAAAAACUGGAGUAAACAUAUCUGGGAGUUAGAUCCUGAUAAUAAUGAUAACAACGGAUUCCAAAAUGAAGAUUUAAUUGUAUGGAUGAGGACUGCUGCAUUGCCUACUUUCAGAAAACUUUACCGCAGAGUUGAUCAUACUCAGAAUGGUUUCACAGAAGGUUUAGUUGCAGGAAACUAUACCCUUAAAGUCAAAUAUUCAUUUUCAGUAUCCGCCUUCCAUGGAACAAAAUCAAUGAUAUUGAGCACAACUUCACUGCUAGGAGGGAAGAAUCCUUUUCUUGGUAUUGCUUAUAUUGUUGUGGGAAGUUUGUGUUUAUUGCUAGGGAUAGGAUUACUGAUUAUACAUAUUAAAUGUUCCAAAAGCAAACUAAUGUAAAGAUGACUACAACAAACUAUUCUUAGGGCACCAUAUAUGUUCUUUACCGCCGAUAUGAUCAAUGUAACUCCAACUAUGGAAUACCAUUAGGAUUGGUUUCUCUAGAAAAAAUCAUCUUAUACCAUGGAUAAUAAUUAUUGGCUGUCUUAUCGGCUGUCUAUUAUUUCAAAGUGCAAAUUAUUCGGACUUCGUAGUAUCUUCGGGACGCACACG